CCGGAGUCACGAGAAGUCGGCGCUGCAAGCGUGUUGUGUACACUAGGAAUGUCCAUGCCUUUAGUAUCUGAUAGUGAUAUAAUUUGAACAUUUGUUUGAAAGACGUCUACAAAACGAGUAAACUGAUUUAACUGGAAGAUAAAACGGACAUUUAAACGUCUUCACGUCGCUAACGGUUGUUUUCUGAUAGCCGUAUUAUUGACUUUACCUACCAGCCACCAUGAAGAUCAAGAGACAGAAACAAGCCAAGAAAACCAUAAGUUUCUACAAAUACAACUUUGGCUUCAGGGAACCCUUUCAGAUCCUCAUUGAUGGGACUUUUUGUCAGGCGGCUUUGAAAAACAAGAUUCAGAUCAAAGAGCAGAUGCCCAAAUACCUGAUGGGAGAGGUGCAGCUCUGCACUACUAACUGUGCACUGAAAGAACUGGAGACUCUGGGAAAAGAGUUGUAUGGAGCCAAAAUCAUCCUGCAGAGGUUCCAGGUGAGGAGAUGUCCACAUUUCAAGGCCCCUGUCCCCGCUUCAGAGUGUCUGCUGUCCAUGCUGGAGGAGACAAACCCACACCACUACUUUGUUGCCACACAGGACCACACGGUAACGGCAGGUCUGAAGAAGAUUCCGGGCGUACCUCUGCUCUACAUCAUCCUCAACACCAUCGUGCUGGACAAGCCCUGCCAGACGUCCCUCGACCACGUCCAGGCUGUCCAGCUGGGAGAGCUGGUCAGCCCGACACAGCAGCAGAGCAUCCGCAGCCUGAAGGAGGACCAGGGCAUCGCCCAGAAGGACGGAGAGAGGCGAGGGAAGAAGAGGAAGAGGAAACAGAGCAACCCAAACCCUUUGAGCUGCAUGAAGAAGAAGAAGAAAGGUGUGCCGACACCGCCGCUGAAGAAGACGGAGCAAGGGGAGAAGAGGAAAAGAAGUCGAAGCAGGAAACGAAGGACGGAGGGAGACAGCACGUCUGCUACGGCGGUUACUAAUACAUAGUACGGCAGGACAGACAGACAGACAGAGACUUCAGCCGUUUUGUUUCUCGCAUAAAUAUUACAAAAAUAAUUACAGUCUUCACAUACUUCUCUUUGUGUAAAUCACAAAAUGCCAUUUUAAAAUACUGGUCAUUGUAUUUGUUUUAUUUUGAAAAAUUUUGCAACCAGUUUCCAGGAUUCAGGACUUAACAGGCAUGGGACUGAAACUGUUCAGAAACAGCAAUAUAUUUGAGAUAUGAGAACAUUUUUUCGGCUUUUAUACAAAAUAAAAAAUGCAAGUUUACAGGCACGUAGUUUAAAAUACAAGAUCCACUGCUGUUUGUAUGGAAGUGGGUAUAAAAAACUAUGCAUUCAGCUGUCUUUGCAGAAGCACAAAGAAGCGUGAUUGUUCUUACUGUAGGCUUUUCGAUGAUGACAACAAUGUUCAUAACAAAUAUGUCCAUACAGACUUCACUUGAUCAUUUUAUCAUGUCAUUCUUUAGAUUAAAAUCAAUAAAUGAAUACUGAACAGAG